AUGAGCACGCCAGCACCGCCCAAAUUACCGCCCCUCGGGUUCCUGGCCGUCGAGGUGGACAUCCACAGACCUCCUGGCGACCCCUUCAAUGAGCGCACGUGGCCGUUUUCUCUGAUCAAGGAGCUCGUACCGGGUUCUGGAGAGUCCACCAUCGUCUCGUCGUCGCCGUACGAUGAAGAGUUCAUAGACCGUGUUGUUGCGGCUGCAUGCCGGUUGAAAGAAAGAGGCGCCGUGGGCGUUAUCACUAGCUGUGGCUUCCUUGCGAAUGCGCAGCCGAGGCAAUCCAGGCUGGCAGCACGUGUGCCCAUACCGAUUUGCACCUCCGCUCUCGUCCAGAUACCCAGCAUAGCCGCCCUGCUCCCUCCAGACAAGCUCGUCGGGAUCCUGACAUACGACGGCAGCAGGCUGACCGAGUCGCAUCUCCGGGCAGUCGGGAUCGACCCGUCGCGAGUGCGGAUACGUGGCUGUCCUGAUGACGGGCACCUGCGCGGGGUUGUUGCUCGUGGCGAACAGUAUAGCCACGGCAAGCUACAGGCAGAGCUUGUCGCGGAAGCGAUGGCACUGAGGGCGGAGAUGGGCGCUGAAAGAGUCGGUGCGCUUGUGCUGGAAUGCACGCAGAUGCCGCCCUUUGCCGAGGCUAUCCAGCGAGCCGUGGGAGUGCCCGUCUACGAUGUGUAUACCAUGGGCCUGUGGUUCUACUCGGGGCUUGCAAGAAGGCUUCCUGUAGAAUGGUCAGGCUGA